AUGAAACGAAAAAUUGCAAUUCUACAAAUUGGAGAUACUGAUUGGCGACAAAUUACCCAAACAGAUUUUUUUGAUUGGCAUUAUAUGCCUGUUUCUGAGAUUCAUACGUUAGUAGAGUCACCGGAAGAAGAUGAACCAGCCAAUCAAUAUAAUUACGUUUUGUUGACUAAUCAAAUUCAAGAUAAUCAAGCUGUUUUCGAUUAUGUCAACCAGUGCCCAGCUUUUCACGUGAUUUACUUAACGAAAAAUAUUUUACCGGAAUGGUUAGCAAUUUUACAGGCGCGUCGGGCAUUUUAUUUUGAUGAUUUUACACCGGAUCGGGUGGUUCAAAGAAUUGAGACGGACUUGUAUUUCGGACAGAUUGGGUUUGCCACGCGUUUUAGUGAACAACAAUUCGUACCGUCAGAAAAAGUAACCGGUCAUUUAUCACGUGGUGGUCGUUUUUUGACGCAAUUUAGUGGUGAUUUUGGGUCACAGUGGCAAGCGCUAGGGUAUUUAAAAGUUUUAGCCGGUGAUUUAUCUCCUAACCGUCAAAAUUUAGUUUGGUUGGAACAUGAGACGCAAGGAAAUAUUGAAGUUGCCUUGAAAUUGUAUCUUUUUCGGGAUGAUAAGAUACAACAAGUUCAAAUUGUCAGUGGCGAACCAUUGCACGCUUUGACACCGAUUGGUGGUUUGUCUGAUUAUGCUAACUAUCAAGUGAUUGUCAUGGCAAAAGGGCGUGGUCAAGUAUCGUUACACGCGCUACACCAACGCAGGACACGUCAUGGAUUAGGACACUUGCUACCGGGUGGUGAAUGGCACCUCACUUCUGAAGGAGAAGAGGUCUUAAGUUAUUUUAAUCCCGGUAUGCGAAAUAAGCCUUUAAUUGUAUCUUUUGCUGGAUCACGGCUCUUUUCAGAUGGAUUUGAAUUGAUGGGUGUGUUUGAUGAGCUGGAGACGCCAUACCUGCUGUUUACGGAUUCGCGCACACAAGGUGGCGUUUUUGAAGUGGGCACUAAAAUUUUUAAACAAACGGUGAUAGAUCGUAUUCGCCAAGUGAUGGCGGAACUUGGGAUCACUGGGGAUGACGUUAUCUUUCACGG